AUAUGUUCUUUCCUUUUGUGGGCUCUUCUCAGCUCUCUGCUCUGUCUCUUUCUUUCUAUUUCGAAUUUCGAUCACAAAACCCACAUUGAUUUUCUUCUCGAGCAGAUCUAGCGCGAUCUGUUUUUCUCCAGUUAGAUUCUUUGAAGAAGCGGUGAGAAAAUGGGAAGGGGAAAGAUCGCGAUUAAGAGGAUCGAUAACUCGACGAGUCGUCAGGUGACUUUCUCCAAGAGAAGGAACGGCUUGUUGAAGAAAGCCAAGGAGCUUGCGAUUCUCUGCGAUGCUGAGGUUGGUGUUAUCAUCUUCUCCAGCACUGGCAGGCUCUACGAUUUCUCCAGCUCCAGCAUGAAGUCGGUAAUAGAGAGAUACAGAGAUGCCAAAUGUGACACCAAUUCGGAAAUGAACCCAGCUUCAGAAAUCAAGUUUUGGCAAAAUGAGGCUGCGAUUCUGAAGCGACAGCUACAUAACUUGCAAGAAAACCACCGGCAAAUGAUGGGUGAAGAGCUCUCUGGACUAAGUGUGGAAGAUCUUCAGAAACUGGAGAAUCAGCUUGAGAUGAGCCUUGGCGACGUACGAAUGAAAAAGGAGCAAAUGUUAGUCGAAGAAAUAAAAGAACUCAACCGAGAGGGUAAUCUCGUGCACCAAGAGAAUUUAGAGCUCCACAAGAAAGUAAACGUAAUGCACCAGCAGAACAUGGAGUUACAUAAGAAGGUUUCAGAGGUUGAGAGUGUGAAAAGCGCAGACAAAACUUCUCUUCUCACAAAUGGUCUAGACAUGGGAGGUAACUCGAGCGAACAUGUCCAUCUUCAGCUCAGCCAACCCCAGCAGCAUGAUGAGACACGUUCCAAAGCUAUCCAACUAAGCUAUUUUUCUUUCAUUGCGUAACAUAGCUCAAUUUGACCUUAGCAGCUUGCCAUUGAAUAAACAAAGCAAACACAAACAUGAUCAGAGAUUGUAAUCACAUCUCGAUCAGAAACCAGCUUUUGUAUUUUUAUUGUAGUUUCUCUGCGAAGAACAUUGGUUUGGCGUUUAUGCAUGUACUGUGAUGGACCUGAUGGUCAAAGAAUGUAGUGUUUUUUUUUUCCUCA